GCCGGGCCGCGGAGCGUGUGACGCUGCGGUCGCCGCGGACCUGGGGAUUAAUGGGAAAAGUUUUGGCAGGAGCGGGAGAAUUCUGCGGAGCCUGCGGGACGGCGGCAGUGGCGCCGUAGGCAGCCGGGACAGUGUUGUACAGUGUUUUGGGCAUGCAUGUGAUAUUCACACAGUGGCUUCUGCUCACCAACAGAUGAAGACAGAUGCACCAACGAGGGGUAGGAGGUUCUCACCAAGAGUCUGAACAAUGCUCUGGGUUCCCAUUGCUGUUUCCAUGUUCUCAGGAUGCCUGGCAGGUUUUAUAAACUCUCAGAAGUGGAGCUCCAGGGAAUACAAUGUUCAUUGUCCUAUUUGGAAGGCUGGGUUGUUGUGGGUGCCUGCUGGGGGCUGGGGAAACGUGGGCCUCCUGCCUGAUUUGUUUUAAUCUCUGAAGUUCAGUGGUUCCAGUAGCUGUUUGUGGGCUUCACUUCCCCUUCUCUGCCUUUAACACCCUGCAGGUUUUCCUGUUGUCAGACAGGGUGGUGAGUCCCUGUGUCUCUCUGUCCGUGGGGGUCAGGUUGUUUGUAGAUCUUUCAGGAAGGUCCUGGGUGGGGGGCCCUCCUGCUUUCAAACCCAUACCAAGUGCUUUCCUCUGAAGGGAAUGUGAGGGAGGAAGAAGGGGGAGUUUCAGAGACUUCUGAGGUUCCCCAAGAGGGAAGAGGUCAAAGUACCUCCUGAGCAGGGAGAGCUACUGAGUUGAACUGAUUUGCUUUGCCAUUUGCUUUAGCAGCAGCCAGACCCAGUGGCAGCAAUUGUACGUGCAUUUCCAGGGGUCAGUUGUCCAGUUCAUCCCUGAGCCUUGAGCUCCCAGUCGCAGAUGGCAAGAGGUAGGGGUCUAGUUUCAUUCAUCUCCAUAUGAAUAUCCAGUUUUCCAAGCACCAUUUAUUGAAGAGACUGUCUUUUCCUCAGUGUAUGUUCUUGGCACCUUUGUCAAAAGCUGAUGGGAACCACCCUGUAGAGGUCCAUCUGCGUUCAGACCCAGACGAUGCCAGAGCUAUGACUGGGCCUGCAGGUGUGGCGCCGAGGGGAGAUCAGCCAUGGAGCAGCCACAGGAGGAAGCCCCUGAGGUCCGGGAAGAGGAGGAGAAAGAGGAAGUGGCAGAGGCAGAAGGAGCCCCAGAGCUCAAUGGGGGACCACAGCACGCACUUCCUUCCAGCAGCUACACAGACCUCUCCCGGAGCUCCUCGCCACCCUCACUGCUGGACCAACUGCAGAUGGGCUGUGACGGGGCCUCAUGCGGCAGCCUCAACAUGGAGUGCCGGGUGUGUGGGGACAAGGCAUCGGGCUUCCACUACGGUGUUCAUGCAUGUGAGGGGUGCAAGGGCUUCUUCCGUCGUACGAUCCGCAUGAAGCUGGAGUACGAGAAGUGUGAACGCAGCUGCAAGAUUCAGAAGAAGAACCGCAACAAGUGCCAGUACUGCCGCUUCCAGAAGUGCCUGGCACUGGGCAUGUCACACAACGCUAUCCGUUUUGGUCGGAUGCCAGAGGCUGAGAAGAGGAAGCUGGUGGCAGGGCUGACGGCAAACGAGGGGAGCCAGUACAACCCACAGGUGGCCGACCUGAAGGCCUUCUCCAAGCACAUCUACAAUGCCUACCUGAAAAACUUCAACAUGACCAAAAAGAAGGCCCGCAGCAUCCUCACCGGCAAAGCCAGCCACACGGCGCCCUUUGUGAUCCACGACAUCGAGACAUUGUGGCAGGCGGAGAAGGGGCUGGUGUGGAAGCAGUUGGUGAACGGCCUGCCUCCCUACAAGGAGAUCAGCGUGCACGUCUUCUACCGCUGCCAGUGCACCACAGUGGAGACCGUGCGGGAGCUCACUGAGUUCGCCAAGAGCAUCCCCAGCUUCAGCAGCCUCUUCCUCAACGACCAGGUUACCCUUCUCAAGUAUGGCGUGCACGAGGCCAUCUUCGCCAUGCUGGCCUCUAUCGUCAACAAGGACGGGCUGCUGGUAGCCAACGGCAGUGGCUUUGUCACCCGUGAGUUCCUGCGCAGCCUCCGCAAACCCUUCAGUGAUAUCAUUGAGCCUAAGUUUGAAUUUGCUGUCAAGUUCAACGCCCUGGAACUUGAUGACAGUGACCUGGCCCUAUUCAUUGCGGCCAUCAUUCUGUGUGGAGACCGGCCAGGCCUCAUGAACGUUCCACAGGUGGAGGCUAUCCAGGACACCAUCCUGCGUGCCCUCGAAUUCCACCUGCAGGCCAACCACCCUGAUGCCCAGUACCUCUUCCCCAAGCUGCUGCAGAAGAUGGCUGACCUGCGGCAACUGGUCACCGAGCACGCCCAGAUGAUGCAGCGGAUCAAGAAGACCGAAACCGAGACCUCGCUGCACCCUCUGCUCCAGGAGAUCUACAAGGACAUGUACUAACGGCGGCACCCAGGCCUCCCUGCAGGCUCCAAUGGGGCCAGCACUGGAGGGGCCCACCCACGUGACUUUUCCAUUGACCAGCCCUUGAGCACCCGGCCUGGAGCAGCAGAGUCCCACGAUCGCCCUCAGACACAUGACACCCACGGCCUCUGGCUCCCUGUGCCCUCUCUCCCGCUUCCUCCAGCCAGCUCUCUUCCUGUCUUUGUUGUCUCCCUCUUUCUCAGUUCCUCUUUCUUUUCUAAUUCCCGUUGCUCUGUUUCUUCCUUUCUGUAGGUUUCUCUCUUCCCUUCUCCCUUGCCCUCCCUUUCUUUCUCCACCCCCCACGUCUGUCCUCCUUUCUUAUUCUGUGAGAUGUUUUGUAUUAUUUCACCAGCAGCAUAGAACAGGACCUCUGCUUUUGCACACCCUUUCCCCAGGAGCAGAAGAGAGUGGGGCCUGCCCUCUGCCCCAUCAUUGCACCUGCAGGCUUAGGGUCCUCACUUCUGUCUCCUGUCUUCAGAGCAAAAGACUUGAGCCAUCCAAAGAAACACUAAGCUCUCUGGGCCUGGGUUCCAGGGAAGGCUAAGCAUGGCCUGGACUGACUGCAGCCCCCUAUAGUCAUGGGGUCCCUGCUGCAAAGGACAGUGGGCAGGAGGCCCCAGGCUGAGAGCCAGAUGCCUCCCCAAGACUGUCAUUGCCCCUCCGAUGCUGAGGCCACCUACUGACCCAACUGAUCCUGCUCCAGCAGCACACCUCAGCCCCACUGACACCCAGUGUCCUUCCAUCUUCACACUGGUUUGCCAGGCCAAUGUUGCUGAUGGCCCCCUGCACUGGCCGCUGGACGGCACUCUCCCAGCUUGGAAGUAAGCAGGGUUCCCUCCAGGUGGGCCCCCACCUCAUUGAAGAGGAGCAAGUCUCAAGAGAAGGAGGGGGGAUUGGUGGUUGGAGGAAGCAGCACACCCAAUUCUGCCCCUAGGACUCGGGGUCUGAGUCCUGGGGUCAGGCCAGGGAGAGCUCGGGGCAGGCCUUCCGCCAGCACUCCCACUGCCCCCCUGCCCAGUAGCAGCCGCCCACAUUGUGUCAGCAUCCAGGGCCAGGGCCUGGCCUCACAUCCCACUGCUCCUUUCUCUAGCUGGCUCCACGGGAGCUCAGGCCCCACUCCCCCUGAAGCUGCCCCUCCAGCACACACACAUAAGCACUGAAAUCACUUUACCUGCAGGCUCCAUGCACCUCCCUUCUCUCCCUGAGGCAGGUGAGAACCCAGAGAGAGGGGCCUGCAGGUGAGCAGGCAGGGUUGGGCCAGGUCUUCUGGGAGGCAGGGGUCCUGCAGAUCCUGGUGGGUCAGCCCAACACCUGCUCCCAGUGGGAGCUUCCCGGGAUAAACUGAGCCUGUUCAUUCUGAUGCCCAUUUGUCCCAAUAGCUCUACUGCCCUCCCCUUCCCCUUUACUCAGCCCAGCUGGCCACCUAGAAGUCUCCCUGCACAGCCUCUAGUGUCGGGGGACCUUGUGGGACCAGUCCCACACUGCUGGUCCCUGCCCUCUCCUGCUCCCAGGUUGAGGUGCGCUCACCUCAGAGCAGUGCCAAAGCACAGCUGGGCAUGCCAUGUCUGAGCGGGGCAGAGCCCUCCAGGCCUGCAGAGGCAAGGGGCUGGCUGGAGUCUCAGAGCACAGAGGUAGGAGAACUGGGGUUCAAGCCCAGGCUUCCUGGGUCCUGCCUGGUCCUCCCUCCUAAGGAGCCAUUCUGUGUGUGACUCUGGGUGGAAGUGCCCAGCCCCUGCCCCUACCGGCACUGCAGCCUCCCUUCCAUGCCCCAGGAUCACUCUCUGCUGGCAGGAUUCUUCCCGCUCCCCACCUACCCAGCUGAUGGGGGUUGGGGUGCUUCCUUUCAGGCCAAGGCUAUGAAGGGACAGCUGCUGGGACUCACCUCCCCCUCCCCGGCCACAUACCGCGUCCCUGCCCCCACCCGGGUCUGGUGCUGAGGAUACAGCUCUUCUCAGUGUCUGAACAAUCUCCAAAAUUGAAAUGUAUAUUUUUGCUAGGAGCCCCAGCUUCCUGUGUUUUUAAUAUAAAUAGUGUACACAGACUGACGAAACUUUAAAUAAAUGGGAAUUAAAUAUUUAA